AGGUGGCUUGGAAGUGUUUUGCCCUUUAUUAAAAGAUGAAUUGAAGACUCCACUACAAUGAUUUCCUUCUCCACUGAUGACUUAACCCUCGAUUGCCUUUGCCUGCAUUAUUUAAUCUUUAUAAAGAAUGGCCGCAUUCUAAUUCAUCUCUUACAUUUUCUCCUUCUUUCCCUAAUGGAAGUUAUAGUUGCAACAAGGGAAGGAAUAGGGAAUCAAAAAUAUCAAGUUUAAUCGUACCAGAACUACAUUGUUUAAGGUCGUCUUUCUUGUCAUCUUCACCAAAACUUACUCUCGAUCACUCUUUUGCAUCUCCAGUUUCCACCACUCCCUCACUAUCCACCACUAUACCCUUUUUUACUUCUAUUUUAGUCAUGGAACCUCAUUCUUGGAGCUCAAGUGUGGUUACAUCUGAUUUGGAGGGAUUAUGUGAUGGGUUUUAUAUGACUUCUGGGUUUGAAGCCAAAACAAGAAAUGAAUCGUGUUCAUCUUCAUCUCUGGUUUUGGAUAGUCAAAGAGGAGAGCUUGUGGAAGCUACUGUGACAGUUGGGAGAAAAGGUGUGCCUGCGGAGAGAAGUGUUGAGGCCUUGAGGAAUCAUUGUGAAGCAGAAAGGAAGCGUAGAGCUAGAAUUAAUUCUCAUCUUGACACCCUUAGGAACCUAGUACCUGGUGCCAAGAAGAUGGACAAAGCAUCAUUGCUUGCUAAAGUUAUAAGCUAUUUGAAAGAACUGAAGAGUACUGCGGCAGAAGCUAGUGAAGGUUUUCUCGUGCCAACAGAUACUGAUGAAGUAAGAGUUGAAGGACAAGAGAAUGGAUUGGAUGGUACCCCUUGUAUAAUCAGGGUAUCGCUAAGUUGUGAUUAUAAGCCUGGACUUCUAUCUGAUUUAAGACAAGCACUUAAUAAGCUCCAGUUGACAGUAAUGCAGGCAGAGAUUGCAACCUUGGAAGACAGGAUGAAGAAUGUUUUUGUGAUGACCAGCUGCAAAGAAGGGCAUAGUGAAAAUACUGAAGUACGCACAAUUCUUGCAAGUUCCGUCCAUCAGGCUAUCAGGUCUACUCUUGACAAAUUUUCUGCUUCACAUGAGUUCUCAUUGAAAUCCACAUUUUCACACAAAAGGCGGAGGGUUCCUCUAUUUGAUCCUUCCUUUUCAUCCCCAUCUGGUGAUCUCUGGUGAGCAUAUUGAUUUCUAUGCUUGUGUUUUGUAUACUGUUACUUAUGUCCAUAUGCUUGCAAAUUUGUUAUACAUGGUGGUGAUACAGUUGACUGGUACCAUGAUUUAUCUUCUACUGUAUAAAAUUGACAGUAUACAGAUUCUUUGGUUACUGAAUAUGACCCAUUUGCUGUCAUGUUUCUAACUGAUAGUGCUUAUCAUCUUGCUGUAUUAUUCA